AUGGAUAGUGUUAGGGCCGCAGUCCGACCUGGCAAGGAUGAUAUGGACGAGCGUUAUGCCGAUGAGAUUCUUGAAGCAUAUGGUUUGAAAGAUAAUCUCGUCAAUUCGGAUGCAAUGGAACGGCUGCGCGCACUCGUAACAGAUGUUUGUUUUCACCGCGUAGGAUACACCAUAUCCAAGAAAAACCCCGGACUGCCAGUUUACGUGUACCGGUUCGACAGCCAGAUGUGCAAGGUGGUAGCAUCCACCGAGGAGACGCUUACCACCUGUUAG